GUAAUCCCCUUGCACAAACCGGCCGGAGCAAACUGCAGAAUCAGAGAGCUGUGUUGAAUCAGCAGAUCCUGAAAGCUGUGCGCAUGAGGACAGGAGCGGAGAACCUUCUGAAAGUAGCCACGAACCAGAAGGUGCGGGAGCAGGUGCGGCUGGAGCUGAGCUUUGUCAACUCAGACCUGCAGAUGCUCAAGGAGGAGCUGGAGGGGCUCAACAUCUCGGUGGGAGUCUAUCAGAGCGCAGAGGAGGCAUUUACAAUUCCCCUGAUUCCUCUUGGAUUGAAGGAGACGAAAGAUGUCGACUUUUCAGUUGUCCUCAAGGAUUUCAUUUUGGAACACUACAGUGAAGACAGCUUUUUAUAUGAAGAUGAAAUCGCGGAUCUUAUGGAUCUGAGACAGGCGUGUCGGACGCCCAGCCGGGACGAGGCUGGGGUGGAGCUGCUGAUGAGCUACUUCAUCCAGCUGGGUUUUGUGGAGACGCGAUUCUUCCCACCCACCCAGCAGAUGGGGCUUCUGUUCACGUGGUAUGACUCCCUCACCGGGGUACCGGUCAGCCAGCAGAACUUGCUGCUGGAGAAGGCCAGUGUCCUGUUUAACACCGGAGCCCUUUACACCCAGAUCGGGACCCGCUGCAAUCGGCAGACUCAGGCUGGGCUGGAGAGUGCUGUGGACGCCUUUCAGAGAGCCGCAGGUGUUCUAAGUUACCUGAAGGAGACGUUUACCCACACUCCAAGUUACGACAUGAGCCCGGCCAUGCUUGGUGUGCUCGUCAAAAUGAUGCUCGCACAAGCCCAGGAAAGCGUGUUUGAGAAGAUCAGCCUUUCUGGGAUCCGGAACGAAUUCUUCAUGUUGGUGAAGGUGGCUCAGGAGGCUGCCAAGGUGGGAGAGGUGUACCAGCAGCUGCACACAGCCAUGAGCCAGGCGCCGGUGAAAGAGAAUGUCCCCUACUCCUGGGCCAGCCUGGCCUGUGUGAAGGCCCACCACUACGAGGCCUUGGCCCACUACUUUACCGCCACCCUCCUCAUCGACCACCGGCUGAAGCCUGGUGCCGAUGUGGACCACCAAGAGAAGUGCCUGUCCCAGCUCUAUGACUGCAUGCCAGAGGGGCUGACGCCUUUGGCCACACUGAAAAAUGACCAGCAGCGCCGACUGCCACCCGGCUCCUGGAACUGUGGCCCCCUUGGAAAGUCCCACUUGCGCAGAGCCGUCGGCCACCACGAGGAGUCCGUGAGGGAGGCCAGCCUGUGCAAGAAGCUGCGCGACAUUGAGGUGCUGCAGGAGGUGCUGGCCGCCGCCCACCAGCGCUCCCGGCUCAAGUAUGCCCAGCACCAGGAGGACGAUGAUCUCCUGAACUUGAUCGACACCCCCAGCAUUGUGGCUAAAACUGAGCAAGAGGUUGAAAUGAUAUUGCCCCAGUUCUCCAAGUUGACAGUGACGGACUUCUUCCAGAAGCUGGGCCCAUUGUCUGUUUUUUCGGCUAACAAGAGGUGGACACCCCCUCGAAGCAUUCACUUCACUGCAGAAGAAGGGGACCUGGGGUUCACCUUGCGAGGGAACGCUCCAGUCCAGGUCCACUUCCUGGACCCUUACUGCUCUGCCGCGCUGGCAGGAGCCAAGGAAGGAGAUUAUAUUGUUUCCAUUCACGCGGCGGAUUGUAAGUGGCUGACGGUGAGCGAGGUUAUGAAACUGCUCAAAAGCUUUGGUGAGGACGAGAUCGAGAUGAAGGUUGUCAGCCUCCUGGACUCCACAUCGUCCAUGCAUAAUAAAUGUGCCACAUACUCUGUGGGAAUGCAAAAAACUUACUCCAUGAUCUGCUUAGCAAUUGACGACGACGAGAAGACUGACGGAAAAGCCAAGAAAAUCUCAAAGAAGCUUUCCUUCCUGAGUUGGGGCACCAGCAAGAACAGACAGAAGUCAGCCAGUACGCUGUGCCUUCCCUCGGCUGGGGUCGCCAGGCCUCAAGUCAAGAAGAAGCUCCCCUCUCCCUUCAGCCUCCUCAACUCCGACAGUUCUUUGUACUAAUGUGAGGAAACAAACAUUUCUGGUGCUGACUAGGCCUUAACAUUUGUGCCGUAAUGGACAAUACCAGAAUAUUCUCCAAUCCUGUUUUUUCCCAGUGUAAACUUGCAUUUGACAUGUUCUUAUGAAUGAAAGUAACAAGAAGCCUCUAGAAAUUUGUGAAAAACAAAUUAAUUUGAGGAGUGUCACUAUAUUGCUGCAAGUUAUUUAUUAUAUAAAGCAUUAUAAAUAGAAUAGUGUUGAAAUUAUGGCUAUUUUUAAUGGUUACAAUUAUGACUUUUAGUCACUAUCAGAAUUAAAUUGAGAUUACCUAUAUUAGAACAAUUUGUAAUAGUUUCCAGGUUUGCACAAUGACUAUUCCUCAACUUAGAAUUCAGAUGACCCUGAAUUAAGGCAGUUCAGAGGACUGUAACAAUGGAAUUCAAUUAGUGUUACUAAAAACUUUUCCAAAGAGCUGCUUAAUAGGAAUUCAUUAACUUACAAUAAAAUUUUCCUUUGACACCUAUAUACUAUGAAUGCUAUUUCUAGGUACAGUCUAGUGCCAAAUUCGUCUUGAAUCAUUAAAUAAAAACAAGAGCAGCUUUUCUUCUAGCUUGGUGUCAUUUAAGAGUUGCUAACACAGUGGCAGUGUUAGAUUAAGAUGCUGUCUACAAGGUAGAUAAUAUACUGUUUGAUACUCAAAACAUUUUUCAUUUUUUAAAAAGUAGAAGGUAUAUAAUUUCAGAAGGUGUAUAUAUUUUAAGUCUUGGAUAAAAAAGUAGUUUUACAUUUUAUAAGGUAAAGAUGUAAAUGAUUCAAGUUUAAAGCUAUUUGACCUUUUCAGAUAAUAUUCUUACCCAUUGAUUGCUCUUGCUAUGUGUUGGAUGAUACUGUGACUCUAGUAAGAUUCACUGUUGACAUAGUACAAGUUACAUGGCUAAAAUAUAUAGUGUUGAAGUCUGAUUUUGAGAAUUAACAAGAAUUUAAGUAUUUUCUAUUGUGCAAUAUCUUAAGGGAAGCAAACACCUUUGGGAAAGUGUAUCCACUGCUUCUAGGACCAUGUUUGUAUAAAGAUUUAAAUAAACACAUUUGUUUACC